CGUAGCGUCGUCAGCUGUUCUUGUUUUGCUUCUUGUUCCCCUUCUUCUCCUGCAGGAGAACGGAGCCGUGAAACCGCCGCCCUGAAACACCGUUUUACCCCUCAGGCCCGCGGCUGUGCGACGAGCUCUCACCCGCACAAGAGCCGAGACACAAUUCUUCCACAUUGGAUCCGUCUCCCGCCGACAUCGAGCGAAGAGGUGCAGCCGAUCCCAGGCCUCCAAUCCAGGGCGGAGGGAGGGAAGGAGGACGCUGGGUAUCGGGAUGGAGACCGCGGAGGGAGCUGCUGGGCCUGGUGGACCGGACGGACCCGGACUCCGGUUUGGCUGCGCCUCUUUCAACCAGGACUCCACGUCACUGGCUUUGGGAACAAAGAUUGGCUAUAAACUGUUUUCUCUGACCAUGGUGGAAAAACUGGACUGCAUCCAUGAGAGUGUAGAGACUCCAGAUGUCUACAUCGUGGAACGUCUCUUCUCCAGCAGUCUGGUAGUCGUGGUGAGCAUCGCCAUGCCGCAGCGAAUGAACAUCUAUCACUUCAAGAAGGGGACAGAGAUCUGCAACUACAGUUACCCCAACAACAUCCUUUCUGUCAAGCUAAACAGACAGAGACUCGUGGUGUGCCUUGAAGAGUCCAUUUAUAUCCACAACAUCAAAGACAUGAAGCUGCUCAAGACUCUGCUUAACACUCCGUCCAACCCCUCAGGUCUCUGUGCUCUCUCUAUUAAUCAUUCCCACUCCUACCUGGCGUACCCUGGCAGUGCCACCAUUGGGGAGAUUAUAGUCUAUGAUGCCAACAAUUUGAACACAGUGACAAUGAUCCCAGCGCACGACAGCCCUGUGGCAGCUCUCACCUUCAAUGCCUCAGCCACCAAACUUGCCAGUGCCUCAGAGAGAGGCACUGUCAUCCGAGUGUUCUCCGUCCCUGAGGGCCUGCGUCUGUUUGAGUUCCGCCGGGGCAUGAAGAGGUAUGUCAGUAUAAGGUCUUUAUCCUUUAGCCCUGACAGCCAGUUCCUCUGUGCUUCCAGCAACACAGAGACGGUGCAUAUCUUUAAAAUGGAACAGCUGGGUCACAGUGGAGAGGAGGAACAUGCCACUUGGACAGCCUACAUGGGGAAGAUGUUUUCAGCAGCCAGCAGCUACCUCCCUGCUCAUGUAUCUGGCAUGAUGAGCCAGGACCGGGCCUUCGCUACUGUUCACCUCCUCUUGUCUGACCAGAGGAACGUCUGCACCUUGGCUAUGAUCCAGAAGCUUCCACGGCUGUUGGUGGCCACGGCCAACGGCCAGUUGUUCAUCUAUAACGUGGAUCCAGUGGACGGAGGCGAGUGCAUGUUAGCCCACAAACACAGGCUCUUUGGCAGUGAUGAUGACCAGGGUGAAGGAAUAGAGUCAGAGGGGUCAGAGGUCACAGGGCCAGCACAGGCCUGUCCUUCCUAUGCUGCGACAGCAGCCUUACCAGCCGCCGGACCUGUCACUGCUACCCUCACUGGCUACUCUGAAGAUGGUGGUGCAAAGAAAGGCGAGGUCAUUCCAGAACAUGAGUUUGCUGCUGGACCUGUGUGUCUGGAUGACGAGAACGAGUUUCCUCCUGUGAGCAUCCAGAAGUGCUAAUUGUCAGUUCUAGUUAGCUCUACAAGCUCGUGUGUAGGCAUGACAAAAUAUUUAUGCAACUUAAAAGAAUGACACUGCAGCUAACUGCUUCUCUGGCACACUUCAGAAAAAAUUGUCCCAAAUUAUUAAUAAGGUGCUAAGAAGUAUAACCAUUGAAGCUGAAGACAGAGUCGUCUGUACAAAAUCGACAUCGUCAAUAAAUCGUUGUCUCAGUUGCCAGUUCAUCAGGCACACCAAGCUUAAAUGACAGCUGCCUAUACAGAGAACAGUAAAUUCUCACUUCAUGAAGAUUCUAAGUUUGUAAUUUGGUUCAGGUGGUUGCAAUCUGUACCUUCAACACUUGAUGGCACUAAAUCUUAAAUAAUAUGGUACCAUCAACAAAAUACUCCAAUGGACAUUUUUGUGAAACUAGCUGUUCCAAAUUGGUAGAUAAUGUUGAAAAUGCUAAAAGGUUACCUAUCUGUGACAUUAGUGUCACAUUGUCUUUGAUUAUUCAGCAUUUUUCUCUCUCUUCAAAAUCCAUCACCAAACCCUUCUCAGACAUUCCCCCCUUUACAGCACAAAGUAAGUAGCCUGGUCACUAAAAUGUCGACAGGUCACUUUCAACAUGGUUCACAUCUGAACUGAAUGCCGUCAGAUUAAUUUAAAGACUGCAGCAGCACACAGUAGAGAUACUGUGUACUCACUCAGAGGUAAGAUGUGUGUGCUGUCAGUGCUUAAGUGCACUAAUAAUUUAUCACAUCAUCUGUUCUCCAGCUGUUUCCACUCAUACACAAGAUGGCAUAUAACAGCAAUGUAUGAAUCAAGCUGUAAGGAACAUAUUUGUAAUAAACAGCUGUUGUAUGUUUGAAUGAUACAAACUUUACACUUUAAUGGAAUGAUGAAGUCACUAAUGCUACUCCAUGUCUGAAAAUGGCUUCAUUGGAAAGCUGCGUAGUGAUUGCAGUGCGGAGAAAAGAAAAAGUCUGAUAAUGUCGUUACUUUUAACACUCCACUGUGUUAUCUAUGGAAAUUAUCAGAAUAUUCCACAUAUGUGCCUUAACUUUUAAUUCAAUGUAGGUUAAAGGAAAAUUCCGGUAUUUUUUUAUCCUACUUCUUCCUCUGAAAAUUGUAGCUGUUCUGUCUGUGGGUCACCCUACAUUAACACCCACCACCCCCAACCUGCGGAAUCUGGUAAAUUGAAAAACAACAAUAUAUCAGGAAUAGGAAUGUAUUCGGUCUGUUAAUGCAUUACAGACAUUCUUUAAUUUGUGUGUGUGUGUGUGUGUGUGUGUGUGUGUGUGUGUGUGUGUGUGUGUGUGUGUGUGUGUGUGUGUGUGUGUGUGUGUGUGUGUGUGUGUGUGUGUGUGUGUGUGUGUGUGUGUGUGUGUGUGUGUGUGUGUGUGUGUGUGUGUGUGUGUGUGUAAGAACCCUAAUGACACACAUCGACCAACUUGAGUUGUUAAGAGUCCAGUCUUUUAAAACAGACUGGAGGUUUAGUGAGUGACUGAGCAGCUCUGACUAAUACAAACCAUUCAAGGCUUCUGACGCUGUGGAACAUGCCUCACAGGAAAAGCAUUUAGACAUCGCUUGAUCUUUGUUGCAGUUUACCAGGCACUUUGAAACCCCACAUCUUUGGCGAUUACGAAAGUUAAACUGCUUUGGGAUAUCAUGUAUGUAUAGUGUAAAACAAGGGACAAAGCCACAGGACACAUCUCGUCAGUGCAGCACAAUGGAGGCAGUUUCAUGAUUUGCCUCUGGGCCUGGGGCAGCUCAACGUCCUUUUGGGACUACAUGAAUUCCUAAGUUUAUCAGCAUGUAUUACAGAAUAAUGUAAGGUUGGCUGUU